AUGAUUGCCGGCACCCUCGGUCCAGUUGCUUCAGCCUUCAGUAUCUGCGCUCUCGUGCGCCCAUGGAGACAGCACUACAUUCCCAGUCAGCCUCUCAAGGAGGCAGUUUUUGUCGCUGACCCAAUAUGGCUCACCGUCAUAAACGCUAUCCAGCUCGGCAUGGCCAUCAUAUCAAAUAUCUUCCUCUUACUAAACAUGACACGCCGUGUACGCUUUACUAUUGCUCAGCCACUCACCAUCAUCGGAUGGUACAUCUCUGCUAUUCUGCUCAUCUCCCUUCUAGCUACAGCCUCUGGACCGCUCUAUGAAGGCUUUGAUCACCCGAAGAAUGAGCUCAUAUGGUCUCAGGCGUUUUACUACGGCAUAUGGGCUGCGAUUCUCUACUUUGUCGAUGCUUCUCUUAUGGUGAUAACAUUCUAUGGAGCAUCCGUUGGUCAUUAUCCCAACGACUUCAACUUGACACCCAGCCAACGGACUCUCAUGUUGCAGACUAUCAUGUUUCUGCUGUACUUACUAGUCGGAGCCGUUGUGUUUUCCAAUAUCGAAGACUGGAACUAUCUGGACACCGUAUACUGGGCAGAUGUCACUCUAUUUACCGUCGGGUUUGGUGAUUUCACAGCUCAAACAAAUCUAGGACGAGCUCUCAUGAUGCCAUAUGCUCUGGUCGGCGUCAUCAGUCUCGGUUUGGUCAUCGGUUCUAUCCGCAGUCUUGUCCUCGAGCGAGGCAAGAAACAAGUUGAUGCCAGGAUGGAAGAGAAGAAACGCCGACGGAUUGUCCGAACCAUGACCAAGAAAGGCCAGGAUGAGGUACUCGAGCCGAUUCGAGAGCCACGACGACAAGACUCUAGGGUUUCCCAGGGUGGGCAAUCAAACAAUCAACUACCGGCAACAGAAUAUGAGCGUCGAAAGGCAGAAUUCGAUCUCAUGCGUAAGAUUCAAGCCCAGACAUCAUAUCGUCGUCGUUGGGUCGCCAUGGGUAUCUCAACCGGCGUGUGGCUUAUCCUAUGGCUCUUGGGCGCCUAUAUCUUUGUCAAGUGCGAAGAAGAUUAUCAAGGCUGGAAAUACUUUGAUGGCUUCUACUUUUGCUUCGUCAGUCUCACAACAAUCGGAUACGGCGACGUGACUCCUAUUUCGAACGCUGGGAAGUCCUUUUUCGUCUUUUGGUCUUUGCUUGCAUUGCCCACAAUGACAGUCCUUAUCUCAAAUGCCGGGGACACCGUUGUCAAAUUAAUCCGUAAUGGAACGCUUCGUCUUGGAAAUGUCACUAUUCUCCCAGGAGAGGACAACUUCAAGAGCGAUCUCAAAUACAUCAUCAACAGAUGUACCUUUGGUCUGAUGUAUGCUGAUUACACAGAGCCGCCGCCCCUAAACCGGGAAAAGAAACCAGCUUCGAAGAAUUCAAGCACUGAUACUUCAGACUCGAUGACCAAGAAGGAAGAGGACAGACUUGACGAACACGCUCGGGGACGGCCCAGACGCUCAGAAACUGGAGAAGACGACGACCCAGCAGAUCCGCGACCAGGCCAAGAACGGAAUAAUUCAACUUUCACAGCUCGAGUUCGUCGUUCUCUAUCUCGUCUUCGAGACGCCCACGAGGAGUUGCCAACGGGAACAAACUUCCACUUCCUCCUCAUUUCAGAAAUCCAGGUCCUCACGAACCACCUCAAGUCAUCAAAGCCACACAAAUACUCCUUUGAGCAGUGGGCAUGGUAUCUUAAGCUCAUCGGCGAGGAUGAGAGCAAUGCCGAAACACAUGGAAAAGCACAGCCAAGUAGUCGGCAUCAUCAUCGCCAUCACCCUCAUCGCAGGAAAACAAAUGAGACUGCUGAAGGUGAAAAGGACGUGGUCUCUGAUGAUACAACGGCUUGGUCCUGGGUAGGAAAUCGGAGUCCGCUCAUGGGAAGUCAAGAAGAGACGGAGUGGAUUCUGGAUAGACUCCUUGAGAGACUUCGGGAGUCUUUAUCUAUCGAGGGGAAGAAGCAGGUCACGGCUGAUGCAAGGAGGGCUCUUGGGGCAGAUCGUCGACGGUCACCAGAUGAUGCAUAUCAUAGGAAGAAGGAUGGAGAAAAGGAAGAUGUUUGA